UUGUUCAACCCGGGACGUUUUCACAAAUGGACCGACGUGGCGGUUGUUGUAGCAACCGUCUUUUAACGUGAAUAGCAACAACCUGCACAUCGUAUGAAUGGUCGUUAGUUGAAGAAUCGAAUCGUUAGUUACCCAAAUGUUUAUCUAGGUUUAACUUGCGUUUAUCUCCGACCAAUGUUCUUUGUGUUCGUUCGGGAUAAAGUUAGCUAGAUAUCGCACUGUGGCUAAGAGCUACUGUGCAUAAGCCGAACACGGGAGGUGGUUGAGCAGCGAUACUCUACUGCAGGAAACAGCGAGAUGAGAAUAAUCUCUGCUUUGCUAGUUUCAUGUUGUUUUGAGUGUUAGCUGAGUAGCUAGUCGCCGUGUUAGCAUGUCGGCUGUUAGCAGUCUCGUCCCUGCUCGGUUUCUCACCAUCAUAGCUCAUCUGGUCAUCGUUAUCACCAUCUUCUGGUCAAGGGAAAACAAUGUAAAGGCCUGUUUGCCUUUGGAUUUCACGCAAGAGCAAUAUGAAAUUGAAGACAGAAACUUGGUAGUGGCACUGGCCGUCACCCUCGGGUUGUUCGCCAUCGAGCUGGCUGGAUUCUUCUCAGGAGUUUCCAUGUUCAACUGCAGCCAAGGACUCCUGUCUCUGGCAGUCCACUGCAGCGCAUCUGUCUCCUUGUCUUUCUUUGUAUUUGAGAAGUGGGAGUGCUGGACAUAUUGGGUUAUUUUUGCUGUCUGCAGCGUGUUACCUGCGUUUGUGGAGAUUCUUCUGUUUGUAGCUGUUUUUGGUCUGAAGAAGAAGCCACUAUGAAAGACGAUCCAGAUGUGCUAUGUGCAAUGAAAUACAGUCUGUCUCAAUGAGUCACAAGCAAAACCAAGAAAACCAAAUGGAAUAUACAAGCCACCCUAUCUGCAACAUUUGUAUUUUUUGAGGUAUUUUGAAUGAAAUAGAUGCAGAGUGCUUAUUUUUUUUAAUGUUUCAGUCUUUAGUUUAGGCAGGAUUUGCGAGAAAAUCAGUUGUAGCUUUUUUGUAACUUGUCGAGAAAUGAAUUACUUGUAAAUAAUAAUCUUUUUGUUUGUCAAA